AUGUCUUACAACAAGCCCACAAGCCCACCACCCUCCUACCCCGCCCAGGCCCACGACGCCGGCGCUUACUACCCACCGCAAAACCAAAGCCCCGGCGCUGCAAAUGACUACUACGGCGGCGGCCAGCCCCAACAGCAGGGCUACUACCCACCCCAGCAAGGCUAUGGCCAGCCACAGCAACAGGGCUAUUAUCCCCAGGGCCAGCCCAUGUAUUACCCACCCCAGCAGCAGGGCUACCCCCCUCAACAGCAACAGGGCUAUUAUGCCAAUGACCGCGGGAACUCCGCCGGUGGUGGCCUCUGCGCAGGUAUCAUGGCUGCCAUGGCAUGUUGUUGCUGUUUGGAUAUCUUGUUCUAG